AUGCUCUCACGCACGAGACCCGGUUUGGCCGCAGUCCACGGUGGAACCGCACUUCCACUCGGUCCAACUCGACUGGUGCAAUUCGUGCUCAGUAUGAUGCCGUCUGUCAUCUCACGAAGCUUCUCCGAACUCCAACAUGCCGUCAAGCCCCGUCCCUUCGAGAGAAUGCGGGUAGGUUGAUGUGUUCCAGCGGAACAGAGGCAGUGUCAAGGUACUGAAAUCGUUUGCAGUUGGAUGACAAGGUCAUCGUCGUCACUGGUGGCGCUCAAGGGCUCGGACUGAGCCUCGCAGAAGGGGCAGUGGAGGCAGGCGCUCAUGGCAAGUCAUGAAGGGAUUGCCACGCAUGUCGCAGUGGUGCUGAUGCUGUAUCAGUCUACUGCUUGGACUGCAAGCGCGAGCCAAGCGACCAGUUCUACGCUUCCCAGGCGUACUACCCAAAGCACUUCGGCGGAAGCCUGAAUUACGAGCGCGUCAACGUCCUCGACGCACAGGAGAUGCACGAGGUCUUCGCGGCCAUUGCAGCUAAGCACCAGAGAAUGGAUGGACUCGUCGCCGCCGCAGGGAUCCAGUACGUCAAGCCCUUCAUCGAAUACCCUGCGGAGGAGGCGACCAGGGUGAGAUCAGCCUGUCUGUGCAGUGAAUGCAUGUCGACUAACGAGGAACAGAUGAUGGACAUCAACUUCCGCGGAGUCUUCCUGGGUUACCAAGCGGCCGCAUGCCAGAUGCAGAAGUACGACACGCCAGGCUCCCUCGUCUCCAUUGCAUCCAUGAGCGGCACCAUCGCGAAUAAGGGACUCAACUGCUGCGUCUACAACUCCUCAAAGGCGGCGGUGAUCCAGCUGAACAAGAACCUCGCAAUGGAGUUGUCACCGAUCCGCUGCAACUCGGUCUCGCCUGGCAACAUCCUAACUCCAAUGGUGGAGAAAAACUUCCAAGAGCAGCCCGAGCUCAAAACCAUGUGGGAGAACGGCAAUAUGCUCGGCCGGAUCUCGACUCCCGAGGAGUAUCGAGAGAUGGUGGUCCUGCUCCUGAGCCGCGCAGGCUCCUUCACCAACGGUGCCAACAUCAUCAUCGAUGGUAGGUGUCCGAUUUCUCUCCGUCCCUGCGCUCUUGCUAAUUCUCCAUCUCAGGUGGCUACACCGCUUGGUAA